AAAUGAUUAAUCAAUCACUAACUCUUGACUCGCAUGUUCUAGAUUUGGAAGGCAAACAGAUCCUAGGUGUUCUCGGUCAGGGAGCUUUUGGCAAAGUUUACAAAGCUAUCGACAAAUCAACUAAUCAGCACUGUGCUGUCAAAGUUAUUGACAAGACAUCUGUGCAUUCAGAAAACCCCAAAAGUAUUGAAAAAUUGAGAGCAGAGGCCGAGAUUUUGAGAGAACUCGAUCAUCCGAAUAUCGUGAAACUCCAUGACAUACAAGAAACCGAGGAUUAUAUUUAUAUCAUUAUGGAGUUGGUAGAUGGAGAAAAAUUAGAAACUAUUAUCAAGAGGCGUAUCCUCAAUGAUGAGAAGCUUACCAUGACUGAGUCAAGCUCCAUCAUUCGUAGUCUAUUGAAAGCAGUGGAAUAUAUCCAUGACAAAGGAAUUGUCCACCGAGAUAUUAAGCCUGAGAAUAUCAUGGUUGCCGACCCAGAUGACCUCUCUACUGUGAAGCUUAUUGACUUUGGGCUAAGUGCCAAGUACGACGAUACCUCUUUCUACAGCCAACUCAAUGAUAGGUGCGGAACUCUGGUAUUCAUGGCUCCAGAAGUUCUUUUAGCUAAAGAGUACACCAAGAGCGUAGAUAUGUGGUCAAUUGGAAUUCUAAUGUACAUGCUUAUUUCAGGAGGCAAGCAUCCCUUUUAUAAGAAAGGAAUGACCCUGUCUCAAUACUGUGAAGUUUUGAGGGAAAAACCUGAAGUUAAAUUCGACAGGCAGGCAUUUUCGAAACUUUCUCAAGAUCUGAUUAGCAAACUCCUACAGUUUAAAAAUAUCAAGAGAUAUGGAGUGUACCAGGCCAUUAAGCAUCCUUGGAUCACCAGAUGUAACGAGACAUAUAUCCCUGAAACUUUUGAUAAGCUCCUUCAAAAUAUCACGAUCAAGGAAAGAUUUGGACACAUUAUGAAAGUGCUGUAUUCUUGAUCUGUCAUAAAUAAUAUUCACCAGUCAAAGCCGGUCAAGAACAAAAAUUACAUCAGAUUAUUAAACAAAGUAACCAAGACAAUAGAUAUCUGGGAGAAGAGAGAACGUAGACCAGAUUUCGAAGACGAUGAAGAUUAUGUUGAGAGACAAGCAAGCCCUAAUAAAUUUGGAUCUGUCUCAGACCUCUCAGACUUAUCUGAGGAAGAGAAGAAGUCCUCUCAAAAUUCCGAAUCUGUCUAUUUCUCUGAAGAGAAUAGCUUUGAAAGAAGCAACAACAGUUCGGAAAAAGGAGGAUGUCUAAUACAACCAGUGAAGAUGCUCUGCUCUCGUACAAGUCAAGUGGAUGAGUCUAAUAGAUUCCCUACCGAUCAUACAGAUAUUCAUGGAUCUAAGAUAUCUGAGAAUACACAAGACUCUUCGAAGAGGCUCAAGACAAGCUAUAGAUUUUCUGAAAGAAAAGCCCUACUAAAUGAUUCAAAAUGAUUAGGCUCAGAAAAGAAGAUCAGAGGGUCCAAGAAGAUUAUAUUGAAAUCCCCUCAGAAGAAGUCAAGGAUUAGGCUACAAUUCCAGAAAGAAAAAUCUAAAUCAAAUGGGAUUGGAUUAAAAGAGGCUCUGAAAUACUCAGUUGCUAACAAUACUUUCGUAUCUGACAAAAUGGUCCCAUUCAUGAAGAAGACUAAAAGUCAUAAGUCGAAGAAUACAGAGGCCAAAGAAGGCACAGGGAGCCUCAUUUCUGAAGAUGUCUACCUGAGCCCUAAAAGAUUGAAGAGGAGAAGAAUGCUCUCUGAAAACAACAUGAGUAGUAACUCUAAAAUGAAAAAUGUGACAAAUAGAAAGAUUCAGUUUAAAACAAAAAGAGGGAAGAAUAAGCUUAGUUUUAAGCGAGAUUCAGCAGGCCAAUCCAAUUUGGAGAUCUCAGGGAGACAGAAUAUAACAACAUGCGAAGAAUACAAUGCUUCCAGACUUGACAACCUCUGUAAUUUGAGGAGUACAUUACAGUUUUGUGAAGUAAGAGAGAAGAAUCAGCCUCUUCAUCUCCCUCAAAUCAUCCAAUCUAUGGCUAAAGCAAAAGCUUCCGUAAAUGCAGAAUAUCAAAAUACGGAAAAAGGCGAUAUUAAUUCUUCAAAGGAUGAUGAGAGGUCUUUGUCUUCAUUAUCCGGCUCAAAGGGCUUCAGAGGCAUAAAUCUCAGCAGUAGGAAGUCAAUACUAGAAACGAAUAACAAAUACAUCAGGAAGGUGAAUCGGAAGCAAAGAUGAAGCUUUGUGAGACUUGACAAUGCAAGGAAAACUCCUGAUAACUCUGUAUAUUAUAAAAACCCUCGUGCUAGGAAUUCUCACAUCAUCAAGAUCGCUUCUGAGACCCAGAAGGAGCUAAAUGAUGUAUCUGGCUUCCAAGACGACCAGAGUCACCACUCUCGCUCUGCUAUGAAAGACACUAGGAGAUCAAUUUUCAUCCAAAGUCGGAAGACAGCCAUUCGGAAGAAAACUCUAGCAAUGAAGAAUGUUAUCCAUAGUGCUGAGAAGAGGCGGGGGAAGAAUAUCUUCAUUAAGGCUAACCAUGCCUGGGUUUAAACAGCCAUUAAAAAUUCAACAUAACACAAAA